AUUAUUCUCUCCGAGGGAAGGAAAAGAAAGAUAACAUCACUUCACUUGGCAAUAUGGGGAGGAGGGCAAGAAGUUUAGGCAAGAUCUUGGGGCUUUUCCUAUGCUCUUCUUCAGCUAGCCCAUCUUGUUUCUUCUGCAUGAACCCCACGGAAGCAGCAGCAAGUCAUCGUUCGGAGGACGAGCUCGAGGGAAGGCCUUUGGUUGAGAGCGAAGGAGGCCGAGCGGUGAGACUGAAAGACGUACUUCUCUCCAACGAUGAUGACGAUCAAUGUCGGACCUUGGCGUUCCAGUUGAAGCCCAAGACGGUGACCCUCAGGGUGUCCAUGCAUUGCUACGGGUGCGCGAGGAAAGUCGAGAAACACAUCGCAAAGAUGGACGGAGUGACAUCUUACAAGGUGGAUCUGGAAAGCAAGAUGGUGAUGGUAAUCGGAGACGUAUUUCCAUAUGAAGUGCUGCAGAGUGUUUCCAAAGUCAAAAAUGCAGAGCUAUGGAUCAGUCCCUCCGAGUCAACACCUCCUUCUCCCCCCCAUGCCCACUCAUAGACAAACCAUUGGCCCUCUUCUAGGGGAAUCCAAAGACACCCUCCAAAAAUUACUAUUGAGUUGGGAGUAAUUGGGUGUUAGAAAGAUGUAAAUGAUAUUUAUCAUGUAUUAAUACCUGACAUUAAUCAUACGCAUGAGUCGGACUGCACAUUUGCGGUAUGUAAUCCGAGAUUCGAUUGGCAACAACUAACAAGUAGGUGCUUAAUUUUGACUUCCAACC